AUGGGUUCCAAGGUGGCAACUUACCUUGCCCUAUUUCUUCUUCUUAACCUUAUAGUUUUCACUCUAGUAAGUGCACGUUUGGAGUCAGAUGACCCAAAGCACAAACACAAGCCCAAGCAUCGUCAUAAGCAUAAGAAGCAUCACCACCAAUCUCCCCCACCACCUCCGCCUCUACCUCCCCCUCCGCCUCCUCCACCUCCACCUCCACCAAAGCAUAAAUCUCCUCCGCCGCCUCCUCCCAAACAUAAACCUCCACCGCCACCUCCUCCAAAGCAUAAAUCUCCUCCGCCGCCUCCUCCCAAACAUAAACCUCCACCGCCACCUCCUCCAAAGCAUAAAUCUCCUCCGCCGCCUCCUCCCAAACAUAAAUCUCCACCGCCACCUCCUCCAAAGCAUAAAUCUCCUCCGCCGCCUCCUCCCAAACAUAAAUCUCCACCGCCACCUCCAAAGCAUAAAUCUCCUCCGCCGCCUCCUCCCAAACAUAAGUCUCCACCGCCACCUCCAAAACAUAAAUGUCCACCAUCUCCACCUCCCCCUACACCAGUAACUCCUCCUCCGCCACCUCCUAAAACUCCUCCUCCCCCUCCUCCCACACCUAUAAUUCCUCCACCACCACCGCCGACAACUCCUCCUCCACCUCCUACACCAGUUACCCCUCCUCCGCCACCUCCAAAAACUCCUCCUCCCCCUCCUCCUACACCAGUAACCCCUCCUCCCCCACCCCCCUAUACACCCCCCCCUCCACCACCUACACCUGUAACUCCUCCGCCACCUCCACCACCACCUCCUACGCCAGCCAAUCCUCCACCUCCCCCUCCUCCUACACCAGUAACCCCUCCUCCCCCACCCCCCUAUACACCUCCCCCUCCACCACCUACACCUGUAACUCCUCCGCCACCUCCACCACCACCUCCACCACCACCUCCUACGCCAGCCAAUCCUCCACCUCCCCCUCCUCCUACACCAGUAACCCCUCCUCCCCCACCCCCUAUACACCUCCCCCUCCACCACCUACACCUCCAAUCCUCCACCUCCCCCUCCUACUCCGGUAACUCCUCCACCGCCACCACCUACACCUGUCACUCCUCCACCGCCACCUCCUACACCUGCCAAUCCUCCACCUCCCCCACCUACUCCGGUAACUCCUCCACCGCCACCACCUACACCUGUAACUCCACCACCACCUCCUACACCGGCAAAUCCUCCACCUUCCCCUCCUACUCCGGUAACUCCUCCACCACCACCCCCACCAACUCCAUCGCCGCCACCUCCUCCUGCAACCCCUCCACCGCCGCCUCCGAUGACUUGUCCAGCGGAUCCGUCAGAUUUCAAACCAUGUGAACGAGUCAUUUUAUCGCCUGCUGAACCAAGAGGUCCAUGCUGCUAUAUUUUUAGUGGGCUUUCAGACCUUGAUGCAGCCAACUGCCUUUGCACCGCUGCAGACAACGGAGCUUUUAAAAAUGUUAACAUUCCACAUGACGGAAAUGAACCUUAUGUGAUUACGCUCUUCGGUCAGUGUUCAAGGACAUAUCCAAAGGGAUUCUUUUGCAAUAGUAUUAGAGCUUGAUUUUCCAUUAUUCGCCUCAGUUUUUUUUUCCCCACAAAUUUGGUUGUCUUUAUUUCAAUUUUAUUCAAAGGUGCAGAAUCCAAACUUAUUAAAAUGAAGAAAGCAGAGUUCUCUUGCAUCCUCAUUCGAAUAAUGAGACCAAAUUUUCGAAAGGAAUGUUUAUAUAUGUACCUUUUGAAGCUUCAUCUGGAAAGGGAUGUUUUUGGGUUAGACAUUAAUAUUGUAUAUCUAGAUCUUCUGCAUGCAUGCAGACGGAUUGGAGUGAAAAAGACCUAGUUAUGUGUUUUCAAGUUUAUUUGUUUCUUUUAUUGUGUUAAAAACAUACAGUUUUCAUCUUUAAGUUUUAAUUGCAAACUAAUCUUUCUUUAUCAAGAGAUAAGGCUUGUGUUAUUCCCUGUGUUUUAUUA